AUGACGACAAGGGCCUUUUUUUGCAGCCCAAACCCACAAACUGAAACUAGCGAGCGGAGAGGAAGAAGGAGGACCCUUUUUGCCAAGUCCCCUUUUUACUAUGGAGAAAGAGAGAAAAUCACCUCCCGAAUCAGUCUAAUCACGCGCACGGAAGAGAGAGAGAGAGAGAGGAAUGACAUCAUUCUCGGUCAUUUUCGUCUUCUCUUCUUCUCUCUUUUGUACGACAACCCAACCCUUUUUGCGCAACCCAACGCACGCACGCACCCCUUUUCCUCCCUUCGUCAAUUUCCACCCAGAAAAGAGAGACAGACUGUGCUCGUUUUUUUUUCAGAUUCUUGUCGGCCCGACAGAACGGAUUGGAGAAAGAUGGCCACGUGGACUUGGGCGUGUGUAUGUGUGGGAGAGAUAAGGGACUUCCGGGUGAAAAACAAAAGGUCGGCUUUUUUUAAACCCACCCACACACCAAACUGGCACCUCUUUUUUCGGUUCAUCCAAUUUUUUUUCUCGCGUCCUUCUUUUCUUGGUGGUUGGGAUCGGGCUUGGCUUGCAUAA